AUGCUCUUCCUAGCUGCAAACCAGCCCUGUGUAAGGAAGCAGUUAGCCUUGUGCCAGCUGGACGGAGAGCUUUUUCCCGAGGCUUUUCUGCCUCUGGUGCUGGGAAGAUCCAUGGCAAUGGUGUCCUGCGAAGGUUUGCUCUUUGCAGAGUAUGAAGCUGUGAUGGACAGAAGGUUUGGGCUGGAACCAGGGACUCUCUUUCGGGGCCUCAAAAAGGACCCAAUGGACUUUGAGUGGAGCUACUGGAUCGAAUGGGGAAGGGAACGUAUACUGUGGCUUCUGGCUGGUCACCUGCUGGUCUCACAAGUGUCCAGGCUCUUGGUGGAGAAGUAUAAACCAUGGUGCUUGAUGGCUUAUGGGAUGGCUGCCUGCUGGUUGUUACUGGGAAUCAAGGGCUUUGCCAUCAUUUUGUUGCAUGCAACUAUUUCAUUUGCUGUGGCUCAGUUUCAGCUGUCGCUCCUGACGUGGUUGUGCUCCCUUAUCCUGCUAUCCACUUUACGCAUACCAGCUGUGGAAGAAGCCAAGAGAAAGUGGUACAACACUGAAAAUGAGUAUUAUCUGCUGCUUUUCACUGUGUCUGUCCGCUGCCUCUUCUGCACUAGCUUCAGCCUGGAGUACUGCUGGCAGGGACCCGCCCAGAAGUCUUCCCACUCGUUCCUGUGGAUGUUGGCAUACGUGUUUUAUUAUCCCACAUUCCACAAUGGACCUCUUAUGAAUUUUGAUGAAUUCAGUAAGCAGAUGAGGAAACAAGAAGCCUUCAGCUUGAAGACCAAUCUUAGCAUCUUAAUUUUGGGCAUAAUUCGUAUUUUCUUCUGGUGGUGCCUGGCUGAGCUGAUGAUUCACCUCAUGUAUAUCCAUGCUCUCUACAGCAGUACUCCACCUUUGGAAACUGUGUCAUACUGGGCCUUGGGAGGCCUGGCUUUAGCUCAAGUACUAUUUUUUUACGUGAAAUACCUGGUUCUGUAUGGUGUUCCUUCCCUCCUCCUUCAAAUGGAUGGACUCAAACCUCCAGCUCUGCCUUGCUGUGUGAGCCUGAUGCACAGUUUCACUAAAAUGUGGAGAAACGUGUUGCAAACCGCCUGCCCUCCGCCGGAGAAAAUAAACCCUGACAUUGCGCUGGCUUUAUCUCUGGCUGCCGGAGAGAGCCCUGACGGGGAGCAGCGUUUCCAAAAGCUCACUCGAGUUUCCUGCCGCCGGCAGGACCUGCGCGGCUCCGGCAGCGCGGCCCCUCGGUGCCGCCAGGGGGCGGUCUUGCCCCAGCGCUGCCUGCGGAGCGCUCUGCCUGCUGAGCUCCGCCGCCGGCCGCUGUCCACCCAGUGCAAUACAGUGACUCCCUUCGUUCCCAUGGGCAGGGAAACUUGA